AUGAGCCUCCUGUCAGUCUGGGGACUCGGGACCACCUCUCCGGUUUGUGAUGCUGACGACAUAUAUGCCCUCCUUGUAUCAGUUUUACCCACUUUCAUUGCCAUAGCUGAAAGGACACUAAACAACCUACCUGACCUCUUAGGCUCCGACGAGGACCCCUUCACGGAGACGCGGAAGUUCUACAUCCACUUCAAGACCGUCGUUUUCAACUUGAAUGCGGUCCUUGUGCUAUGGGACCCAGCCGGCCCGGCCUUCAGGCGUAUCGGUUUCCAACGCAACAAUGACGAGACCUACCCGAAGCUCCGCGCCCUUAGAAGGACACUACCCGAGGAUGAUCCCCCGAGCGAACGAUUCUUGACAGAUGUCGGUUACAUCUGCCCGAGCAGCGCUUUUCAUGUGAGCCGCAAGACCCGCCUGAAUCUAACCCAGUAUCAACGAUUUGAGGUAGUUCCCUCCCGCGGACAGGUGCUAUCGAACAGUGAGGCUCGAUUUCGGAUCCUAUUUCCGACUAGCUCCUGGGAUCUUGAGUGGCAGGACACGGAAAUUGCUGUUAACAGCCGAAUAUAUGAGAAGACCGAGCAUACGGAGGUCAAGAAUGGCCUCUGCGGGAUAAUCCUGGGAGUGAAGGCGGGAAUUCGCCCACGAAUGGUUGUCCACGCACGGAAGCUAUGGCAGCUGCAUGCUGACGUUGAGACCAAUCGGCUAUGCCCCCCCCAGGUGCGGGACGUUGAAUUCAUGUCCCUGAAAGAUCUACUUAAGCCUAAUCGAAGCAACCACGAGUCCUUGAUGUCGUCAAUGGAGGGGAAGGACCGCUUGAUCCUAUCAUUCGUCCUGGCAACAUCCCUUUUGCACUUCUUCAAGGGGCCAUGGCUACAGGCAAGCCUCAGCAGCGAGAAUAUCUGUUUCUUGGUCUCGCACCGGCGAUCAUUGCCAAACAUUACCAAGCCUUACUUGACGACGAGUUGUUCCUCCUUGACGCGGGAAGGACUCCCAAGAGAGUUCAAUCUGAACCAGCCGCAUCGGUUCCCCGACAUUCUGUCUUUGGGCAUACUUCUCCUUGAAAUAGCACGGGGGGCUCCCAUCGACUUUCAAGAGUCCCAGGAUCGGUGUGUCGUCGCCCUCGAAUGCAUGGAAAAGUGGACCAAGACAUGUCGGGCUGGCCGUUCUAGAACUAUUCACGAUUGCCUCCGUCAGACGAUCUCGGCUUGCAUCGACCCAAGAGAGUUCAUGAACGUGCUUCACAUGCGAUCAGUGAAUGAUUUUGAGAUUAGGAGGUACAUCUUCGAAAGAAUCCUAUACCCUCUUGAUUAUGCGCUCUCCACCGUCUACGAGAUCCAGUCGAACAAUCUGCAUGAGGACAUCUCUCGGGCGAAUGAAGCCGGUGGAAUUGGAUCAUUCGAUCAUCAAGACGAGGAUGAACUAGAAAAGCAAGAAGCCGCCGACGAAUGGCUUGGACACUUGGACGGCGUGCACGAUCUGUUUUAUAAAUGCCAAGAUCUAUGUGAGGAAGCGGUCAAACGAGCAACUCGUGUCAAAGUCGCCGUGCUCGAUACGGGUUUCCAGCUGCCGGAAGUUCUUCAAGAAAAUUACGAGGGCGAGGACCGCAUCAACUUCCAACAAUCUGAUACCUUUGUCCCCGCCACUAAAGGAGACGCCACGCAUGACUGGAAGGUUGACUGCGACGGCCACGGCUCUCGAGUGGGCCAGAUAGUCCUCCGAGUUGCUCCAGCAGCCGACCUACACGUUGCGAAAGUUUUCAGAACCAAAGAUGAUCUAGCAGAUCCCGAAAUGGCCGUGCAAGCUAUUAACCGCGCGACUCAUGACUGGAAGGUUGACAUAAUCAUCAUGUGCUUCGGCUUCGACCAGAUCAUACCUCUGAUUCGCAAGGCGAUGGACGAUGCUUUGAUGGCGAAGAAGCCGCCACUGUUCUUCGCGGCUACUAGUAACGACGGAGCUCACAAGCGUACGUCGUGGCCCGCACGAGACAUUUCGGUCAUCGGGAUCAGCUCGACCGCUGGCAACGGAGACGUAUCCCCAUUCAACCCUUCAGAAAAAGAUGCACAUCCCAUCCUGUAUGCAUUUGGAGAAGGUGUUCCUAUCGAGGUUGCUGCCCCCCGCAACCCGGAGAGGCUUAUUACCAAAUAUGUGUCCGGAACCUCGUAUGCCACUCCCGUGGCGGCUGGACUGGCGGCAAACCUGUUGGGAUGCGUUCGCAUGGUGGUAGAAUCUACUUUUCAGGGAGAAGACCGAGCCCUCUACAGCCACGUUCCGAGGGAUCUGGAACAGAUGAGAGGUAUGCUGGCGGUUCUGAGACGUCACAUGCGGAGGAAACAUGUCUGCGGCGUGAAGAGCUUACUCCCCUGGGAUUUCCUUAAAGUUCAAAUGCUGGACAACAACAAGAUCUUACGCGAUGUAGCAGAUACGUUGCUGGAAGGGUAG